UCUGUCAGCUACGGCGGGGCUCGUGCUCCUCCGAGACUCAGUGUAUCAUCCCGGCGUAGGUACUAGUAUGUAUAGAGACAUUCACUCCGUUGUAGCUCCAUCGAACGCCCUUCCGCUUCCCGUCGUGUGCUAAUCCUCGAUAUGAAGCAGGACACUGGGAUAUACAUCGACCGCGACACCUCUGGACUGAAGUCGCGGAAGUCGGACGGAAGUCUGAAUGUGUCCGAUGAUGCCCGCCUCGCAGAGCUCGGGUACAAAAGCGAGUUCAGAAGAGAGUUCUCCCUCGUUGAGACAGUCGCGUUUUCUUUCUCGAUCAUGGCGGUGAUCAGCGGUAUCUCUUCGUCGCUGUCCCUUAUAUUAGCUUCCGGUGGUCAUGUCGGACUCGUCUGGGGAUGGGUCAUACCGGUUCCUUUUGUGUUAUGCGUUGCAGCAGUCAUGGCCGAAAUGGCCUCCUCUAUGCCUACUAGCGCAGGCCUCUACUAUUUCUCUGCGAAACUAGCCCCAGAGAAAUAUGCCCCUCUCGCAAGCUGGAUUACCGGAUGGGCGAACAUAACCGGCCAAGUAACAUUGGUGUGCUCUAUUGACUACACGCUAGCACAAAUGAUCACCACAGCAAUUGCUGCGGGAACAGACGGAAGCGUCAUCUUAGGCCCUGGUCCGACUUACGGGAUACUACUGGCGAUGUUAUUUCUACACGGCAUGAUUUGUUCAGCAGCCACUAGAGUUUUGGCGCGACUGAAUUUGUUCUAUGCCGUAGUGACGUUUGGGGCUACCGUAGCGGCGACCAUCCUUUUGCCUGUCUGCGCAGGAGAAAACAGAGUAUCUACGAAGGUCGCUUUCACCUCCUACGAGAACUUCACCGGAUGGUCCAAUUCCGGCUGGGCGUUCCUUCUAGCUUUCACAGUGCCUAUGUGGCAAUUUACAGGAUACGACUGUGCCGCACACGUCUCAGAGGAAACAGCAGGGGCAGCGAAGGCCGCGCCGAUAGCCAUUUUGGUUUCGGUGGCCUCUGUAGGCUGUCUCGGAUGGAUACUCAACAUCGCGGUGUCGUUCGCUAUGGCUUCAGUGCCGGACUUGCUCUCGACGCAGCUCGCACUCCCCAUGGGCCAGCUGUACCUGGACAUCAUCGGCAAGAAGGGUAUGCUUGCCAUAUGGUGCGUCACCAUCACGGUGCAGUUCCUGUGCGGUGCGGCACAAGGCGUGGAUGCCUCCCGCGUAGUCUUCGCGUUCGCGCGCGACAACGCACUGCCUGGGUCACGCUGGUGGAAGAAGAUGAACCAUCACACCCAGACACCCGUGAAUGCCGUCUGGCUCGUCAUGUUCCUGGCUGCGAUAUGUGGUCUCCUCGGUUUCUCCUCAACAGCUCUGACUUCCCUGGCGAGUGCCUCUGUGAUUGGUUUGUACACGUCGUACACGACCCCCAUAUUCCUCCGCAUCACCUCCGGACGACACAAGCUCAUCCCUGGGCCUUUCUCGCUCGGCCGCUGGUCGACACCGAUCGGGUCGAUAGCGGUGGCUUGGGUGACCUUCAUUGUCGUGCUCCUCUGUUUCCCAACGACACAGACUCCGAUUGCAGCCAGUAUGAAUUACGCUGUCUUGCUAAUCAUGGUCGUUUUCAUCUUUGCUGGCGGCUCAUGGGUGCUAUCUGCACGGCACUGGUUUACUGGGCCCCUCCCGAACGUGGACGAUCGCAGUACGACAGCUUCGUUCAAUGUAUACGAGAAGGAGGUUAGGAGAUGAAGGAUGUCCGAACGCCACAAGGGCGCGAAUACAUUCAGUAUCCCAGAUGCACUGCAUGUCAAUCAUUGUAACAUCAGAUUCGAUAGCGUUUGACGGUUUUUGC